AUGGCCGAAACCAUACCUCGCCCAAUGACCGAUCGUAUUUGUUCCAUGUGUAUCGUGCAACGCCCGCAUGGCCACAACUGCACUGGCCAUCACAACGCGUCCUUGGAUGGCCACAAUUCUAAGGCCAACAUCACCUUCACUCACAAAACUGUCGACCAUGGCGUCUUGACUGGUAACUAUAUCCCCGAUAACCCCCCGUCUCGCAACAAGACUAUCGCAGCCAUCAGCAUAGCCGCUGCAGCAUUUUCGCUCGUUGCCAUCUUCACCAUUAGCUUCGUUUGUGUGAAGCGUCGUCGUACCCUGACGAAGACCUCGGCCAAAGGCAAGGGUAAAGCUACUGAGAUAGAUAGGUUGGCGGUUCGGGUUCAGGGUGACUGUGAGCUUGCGCGGCCAGUCUUUACUAUGGGAGAGAUUAGAGGGUAG